ACACCGAUCUAACGUAAUUAAUACUCUGUUGACUAUAAAACCGUCCUCUAAGAAAAAAUGUCCCCUUCACUUCACAUUCGCUCGCCACCAAAGUUAACCACAAAAAAAAAGUAUCCAAGAGAGAGAGAACAAAACGUCUCAUUCGUUCCCCACACAUCAAUCCCAAAAACCUAAAGCAAACCUUUGAUUCUUUCAUCUUCAUCAUCAACCAUAACAACAAAACUCCUCUGUUUUUUUUUCACUUUCUCUGUUUCCUCUUCAUUCACAUUCGAGAGAAGUCAUGGGAUAUUCCGGCAAACCUCACCACCAACUCGACGGCGAGAUACGAGAAUCCACCGACGGUAAAAAAUGGGUCAUCGCCGGAAUUCCCUCACGUUCCCCUCUCAAGCAGAUUAACCUAUCUCCCGGCGUCACAGUUACCGAAACAGAGGAGCAAGAUCAGUGUCCUACGACCCCUACGGCGGUUUCCGUCAGAAUUCCAAGGGUCCCGCCGUGUCCAGCGGCGCCAAAGAAGCGUAAACCGUCGUUGAAGUGCAGUUACGUCACCGUCACUAGAGAUUACUUCUCUCCGCCGGACCUAGAAACCGUUUUCAUUCAAAGAGCUAGUUAUUAACUCUGUUUUCACGACUCUGAUCCCUCUCUCUCUCUUUAUAACCUUCUUUUAGGGUUAGUUUUCUUCAUCUAGUCGUAAUCCUCGAAUCUGGUUUAGUACUCUUCAGUCUUAGAUUCUGAACUUAACUAAAUUUACUCUAUUUGUUUCUCAGUUGUAUUAACGUUAGGACACUAAUCAAGGUUAGUGAAUAUGAAGUGUUUGUUUCAUGUUUAUGUAUAUUUCUAUUUCCCCCUGUUUUGAGUAUAAUUGAUGUAUAUGAUUUCUUAGCUUUAUUCAUUUACAAAUUUUCUGUCUUUUGCAUUCAUACUCAGUGAAU